CGCUGCACACACAUCCGGGUGACUUUCCGCGUCGGGUGCCCGCUCACGAUGAUGCUGCUGCAUUAACCAGCUGAACUAGAAGACUUGUGGUUUAAGCCCUUAAGAGAGCAGCUACACUACAGCAAUGCGAUUCUUUAAACCACAGUUCAUGAAUGUACUGCGGAGCCUCUGCUUCCCCCAGACAGCGGUACAAACAGGUAAACAGCCGACAUGGCUCCAGUCGAACCUUUAUCCCUGCCUGCCUUGCCACAAACAAAUGUUCUGCACCACCUUGCAACUGAGAAAAGAGGCCACCCAGACCAGUGACCUGGCUUCCGAGAAGCUGGACCUGGACAUAUGGAAGUCUGUGAUGAAGUCCCCGCAGCUGCAGGAGGAAGGAAAAGAGCAGGAGUUUGGUGAUCCUGAUGAAGAGAUGGCAGAACCUACUCAGCUGGAGGCCAUCCGAGACCUUGUGGAGAUGUGGCGGCUGGCAGGGAAGCUGGUUCCGGAGCAGAUGAGCGAUGAGGAACUUGAAGCACUGGGGAAACUGGAGACUAAGUCCUCCAAGAAGAAGUACCUUAAAUACCUGGCUCUCAAAGAACGCCACAAGAAAGCCGAAAUGGAAAAGAAAGAAAGGAAGAGGAGCCAAAAGGCUGCAGAGGUGGACAAGAAACAAAAUGCAGAGGUGGAAGAUGAGGAAGAUGACUGUAGUAACCGGUUUCAGAAUAAGACUUUCCUGCUGAAAUUCUGGACUCGCUCUAUGGACACUGUUCACAACUGGAGGGCAGCACAGGCCAUGUGCUUUGGCCAACCCCUUGUGUUUGACAUGAGCUAUGAGCAGAUAAUGUCACGGCAGGAGAUGGGGAGUGCCAUCUCUCAGUUACUGGAGAGUGAGGGUUGUAACCGCCGCUCCACUGACCCCUUCCACCUGCACUUCUGCAGUCUGCAACCUGAGGGAAGCUACCAUCGAGAGCUGCGAAAACGUUAUGGGCCCACCCAGUGGGACCGCCUCCUUGUCACGGCCACAAGCCAGCAUUACAUGGACCUGUUUCCACGUGAUCAGCUUGUCUACCUGACGGCAGACUCCCGUAACGUGCUCAAAACGUUUGACCACAACAAAGUCUACAUCGUGGGUUCCAUAGUUGAUAAAUGUGUCCACACAGGCCUCUCUCUGGCCAGCGCUAAGCGCCUCCAGCUAGCCACAGCUCGCCUCCCCUUGGAUAACUUCCUUCACUGGGAUGUGGGCAGCAAAAACUUGACUCUGGACCAGAUGAUGCGUAUUUUGCUCACGCUGAAAAACGGCGGCACAUGGGAGGAGGCUCUAGAGUUUGUGCCCAAGCGGAAACAUGAAGGACUCAUCAAAAUGCAGAGGUCAGGAAAACCAGCAGUGCCAGGUGUCAGUGACAGGCAAAGGACAUUUGCCAGAAAAGAGAAAGCUCAGAAUACCAGCGCUAUGGGAGGCAAACAUCCGGGUCAGCAGAAGGUAGUAACACUCCUGAACACAAGGAGAAUUCAAGUAAAUGAUGUGAGACCGAGGAGGACUAAGAGCUGGUGGAAGGAAGAAUAGCCUUUUUUCCCUAAGUUUUAACUUGGUACAAAGAGUUCCAUAAUGACUUUCGUAG